AUGGCGUGUCAAAAACUGUACCAAAUUAUCUGCCAAGUUAGCGGUAAGCCCUCAAUCCUCUGUGACUGUGUUGGAGAUGUAAACGAGUCGAUCAAGACCACUCGCUGGUGUGAGCACUUCGAGCACUUCCUCAAAUUUGGUGAGCAAUCCAUUACACUCACCUUCUCCUCCGCUGCGGAGUUUUAUCCCUCUCCAGCCGAUGCAGUGUCGUGUAAACUCCUUCCCAAAGAGGAAAUUGCCGAUGCACUGCAGAAUCCGCGCGAUAACAAAGCAUCUAGGGAGGACGGUAUUCACAUUUAA